AUGUCACACGCUCCGAGCACUGCCACCCUAUGCUCACCCACCAAGCUUCCUUUACAUCUUCCCAACGAGGUCCUUCAACGCAUCGCACAGCUUACCAGCGACGAAGAUCUUCCCGCUCUGCGCGCUACACCCAGAGUCUUUCGCGACGAGACCGAAGAUCAAUUUGCCCAUGCCUUCUUCACCAACGUCUACUAUCCUGCAACAUUUGAAGGUCUUGAACGCCUCACCAAGAUUGCCCAACAU